AAAUGGGCAGAGCUUUGUACACAACAUAAAGAUGAACUUGAAAAGCUUCUCACAGCUGAAAUGGGCAAGCCUCUUGCAGAUGCUGCGGUAGAAGUGGCUUAUGGCACAGCAUUCAUAGAAUGGUUUGCUGAGGAAGCCCGGAGAGUGUAUGGAGACAUUAUCCCAACUACAACCAAUACACGUCGCAUGCUUGUCCUCAAACAACCGUUAGGUGUUGCUGGCAUGAUCACUCCGUGGAAUUUUCCAAAUGCUAUGAUAACUCGAAAGGCCUGUGCAGCCAUUGCAGCAGGCUGUACUGUAGUACUGAAGCCUGCUGAAGACACCCCUUACUCAGCUCUUGCCCAAUGUGAGUUAGCAUCUAUGGCUGGAAUGCCCCCAGGUGUUCUGAAUGUUGUAACAUCAUCCCUUGACCAUGCUGCUGAGGUGGGGAAAAUGUUGUGUAAACAUCCGCUGGUUAUGAAGAUCUCAUUCACAGGUUCCACCAAAGUUGGCAAGAUUUUGUUGGAGCAAUCAGCGUCCACUGUGAAGAAAGUUUCCCUUGAGCUGGGAGGAAACGCCCCCUUUAUUGUGUUUGACAGUGCUGAUGUUGAUGCAGCUGUCAAGGGACUGAUGGGCUGUAAGUUUAGGGUUUCUGGUCAGACCUGCGUGUGUGCCAAUCGGAUUCUGGUUCAGGAAGGGAUCUAUGAUAAGUUUGUACAGAAAGUAGCAGAAACCAUGGACCGGGAACUCAAAGUGGGAGACGGGUUUGAGGAUGGUACCACACAAGGCCCAUUGAUCAACAGUAAAGCUGUAGACAAGGUCCAGGGCCAUGUAGAUGAUGCUGUGAGUAAAGGGGCUACUGUUGUCAGGGGGGGUAAGAGACUGGACGGAAACUUCUUCCUUCCCACCCUUCUAUCUCAUGUAACACAGGAAAUGAGGUGCUCAUCUGAGGAGACAUUUGGACCUGUUGCUCCUAUUUUGAAGUUUAAAACGGAGGAGGAAGCAGUUGCGAUAGCAAAUGUUACAUCAUCAGGUUUGGCAGGGUACUUCUACUCCCAAAACCUCAGUCAGGUCUGGCGUGUGGCUGAGCAGCUGGAAACGGGUAUCGUAGGAGUCAACGAAGGAUUGUUGUCUGCCCCUGAAGCUCCAUUUGGAGGCUGGAAGGAAUCAGGUCUCGGGCGUGAGGGCAGUAAAUAUGGCAUUGAUGAAUACCUCCACUACAAAUAUGUAUGUAUGGGUGGAAUAUAGACUUUGAAUUAUAAAUCUGUACUUGGAUAUGUAUUUUUAGAUUAACUACAACCUGGUAGAGACAGCAGUACUGAAUCAACCAAUACCUCUAAAUCAAAUAGUUGUGUAUGUGAGUAGAUGCAAGAGUUGUUA